AUGGCAGCGCCGGGCGACAGGUUGGAGCCGCCGCCGCUCCCCGAGUACAGCUGCAGCUAUGUGGUGUCGCGGCCGGUCUACAACGAGCUCUCCUUCCAGCAGCAGUACGAGCAGCGCCCGAAAGAGCGCAAGACGCUGAGAGAGAACCUGGCCCAGGGCUGCAGUUGUUCAAGAAAGAGAACCCUUCGCAUAGUGAAGACUCUCCUGCCCAUCUUGGACUGGCUUCCCAAAUACCGGAUCAAGGAAUGGCUACUUAGUGAUAUCAUUUCAGGAGUUAGUACUGGUCUAGUGGGAACACUUCAAGGCAUGGCGUAUGCUCUACUAGCUGCUGUUCCUGUCGGAUAUGGUCUCUACUCUGCUUUCUUCCCUAUCCUGACGUACUUUAUUUUUGGAACGUCAAGACACAUCUCAGUUGGACCUUUCCCAGUGGUCAGUUUAAUGGUGGGCUCUGUUGUUCUGAGCAUGGCCCCCGAUGAACACUUUCUCGUAUCCAGCAGUAACGGAACUGCACUGAAUACCACCGUGAUAGACUUUGCAGCUAGAGAUGCAGCAAGAGUAUUGAUUGCGAGCACCCUUACUGUUUUGGUUGGAAUCAUACAGUUGAUAUUUGGAGGCUUGCAGGUUGGAUUCAUAGUGAGGUAUCUGGCAGAUCCUUUGGUUGGUGGAUUCACAACAGCUGCUGCCUUCCAAGUGUUGGUCUCACAGCUAAAGAUCGUCCUCAAUGUUUCAACCAAAAACUAUAACGGAAUUCUCUCCAUCGUCUAUACACUGGUUGAGAUUUUUCAAAAUAUUGGUAACACUAAUCUUGCUGAUUUCAUUGCUGGCUUACUCACCAUUAUCAUCUGUAUGGCGGUUAAGGAAUUAAAUGAUCGAUUUAAACACAAAAUCCCAGUCCCUAUUCCUAUAGAAGUGAUUGUGACAAUAGCAGCUACUGCCAUUUCGUAUGGAGUUGACCUGCAAAAAAAUUAUAAUGCUGGCAUUGUUAAAUCCAUCCCAAGUGGGUUUUUGCCUCCAGCAAUGCCAUCUGUGAGUCUGUUUUCUGAGAUGCUGACUGCAUCAUUUUCCAUCUCUGUGGUCGCUUAUGCCAUUGCAGUGUCUGUAGGAAAAGUAUACGCCAUCAAGCAUGAUUAUACCAUCGAUGGGAAUCAGGAAUUCAUCGCCUUUGGAAUCAGCAACAUCUUCUCUGGAUUAUUCUCUUGCUUUGUGGCUACCACUGCCCUGUCCCGCACCGCUGUCCAGGAGAGUACUGGGGGAAAGACACAGGUUGCCGGCAUCAUCUCGGCUGGGGUCGUGAUGAUCGCCAUCGUCGCCCUGGGGAAGCUGCUGGAACCCCUGCAGAAGUCAGUCUUGGCAGCUGUUGUAAUUGCCAACCUGAAGGGGAUGUUUAUGCAGGUGUGUGACGUUCCUCGUCUGUGGAGGCAGAAUAAGACUGAUGCUGUUAUCUGGGUAUUUACGUGCAUAGCAUCCAUCAUUCUGGGACUGGACCUCGGUUUACUAGCCGGCCUUGUGUUUGGAUUUCUCACUGUGGUCCUGAGAGUUCAAUUUCCGUCUUGGAACAGUCUUGGAAGUAUCCCUAGCACAGACAUCUACAAAAGCACCAAGAAUUACAAAAAUAUUGAAGAACUUGAAGGUGUGAAGAUUCUGAGAUUUUCUAGUCCUAUUUUUUACGGCAACGUCGAUGGUUUAAAAAAAUGUAUCAAGUCCACAGUUGGAUUUGAUGCCAUUAGAGUAUAUAAUAAGAGGCUGAAAGCACUGAGAAAAAUACAAAAGCUCAUCAAGAAAGGGCAGUUAAGAGCAACAGAGAAUGGCAUUAUAAGUGGUUCUGGUUCAUCAAAUAAUGCUUUUGAGCCUGAUGAAGACAUUGAAAAUCCAGAAGAACCUGAUAUCCCAACCAAGGAAAUAGAGAUCCAAGUGGAUUGGAACUCUGAGCUUCCAGUCAAAGUGAAUGUUCCUAAAGUGCCAAUCCAUAGCCUCGUACUUGACUGUGGAGCCGUCUCUUUCUUGGAUGUUGUUGGAGUGAGAUCAUUGCAUGUGAUUGUCAAAGAAUUCCAAAGAAUUGAUGUAAAUGUGUACUUUGCAUCACUUCAAGAUCAUUUGAUAGAAAUGCUGGAGAAAUGUGGCUUCUUUAAUGAUAACAUCAGGAAGGACAUAUUUUUUAUGACUGUCCAUGAUGCUGUCCUCCAUCUCCAGAACCAGGUGAAAUCGCAAAAGGUUCAAGAUUCCAUUUUAGAAACGAUCGCCCUCAUCCAAGACUGUAAAGAUCCUCUUGAAUUAAUGGAAGCAGAAAUGAUUGAAGAAGAACUUGAUGUCCAAGAUGAGGCUAUUCGAAGACUUGCUUCCUGAAAUUGAGCUCAGGAGGUCACUCUAAGCAAAGACUGACUGCAUGGCAGAAUUUCCC